AUGGCAGGCUUCACAACAAUAGCAGUUCAGACGCUCAGCGUAACAGUAUCGCUCCUUGCCGCAGGCGGCAUAGCAGGCCUCUCCCUCUUCGACGUCCCCGAGAUUCAGUCUCAACCAGCAGAUCGAGCACUGCCUCAGAUUCGAUGGCUCUUUAGUCGCGGCUCUCAUAUCUUCCCCCAAGCAUCAGUCCUCUCCUCAGUCGGCUUCGCCUAUCUAGCAUUCGACGCCCUCCCUUCCAACCUCCGCACAAUCACUCAGCUCUUCAAAACAACCAACGGCCUCAAAGUCAACGGCUUCCUUGCCGCAGCCCUCCUAGCCUUCAGCAUCGGCCCCUUCACCAUGAACGUCAUGGUCCCCAACAACUUCGCUCUGAUCAAGAAGAAUGAGGAACUGGGCGGAUCGCGAAGCAAGAACAGCGCGGCAGAGAAGCGUCAGCAGGGUAUCAAGCCUGGCCAGUACAGUGCUGAGGACUCGGUCAACAGCAAGAAGCCACAGGAUGAGUUGAGGGAUCUGAGUGGACCGAUGACAAAGACUGACAAGGAUUCUUCGAAAGCGGACGACAAGGAGGUUGAGGAGAGGCUGGCAAAGUUUGGGCAGCAGAACAUGGUGAGAGCGAUAUUGCUCGGAGCUGGUGGUAUUGUCGGCUUGGUCUCUGCGCUGUUGUAA